AUGGGAGCCAAAGAAUUCAAACAAGUGGACGUCUUCACCAGCGUUAAAUUCAAAGGAAAUCCCUUGGCGGUUCUUUUCGAUGCCGACGACUUAACUUCUGAGCAAAUGCUGGAUAUUGCUACGUGGACCAAUUUGUCGGAAACCACUUUCAUCUUAAAACCUACUGAGCCAACGGCUGAUUACAAGGUUCGUAUUUUCACCCCUGUUAACGAAUUGCCUUUUGCUGGACAUCCUACUUUGGGUACGUGUUUUUCUUUGUUGGAACUGGGAAGAAUUAAGCCCAAGAACGGCUUAAUUAUCCAAGAAUGCAAGGCUGGGCUUGUGUCUAUUAGGGUUGAAAACUACGACGAGAACGAUUUGUCCAAUGUAUUUCUCUCCUUUACUUUGCCUUACUACAAGUUCUCGCCUAUUACAGAAGAAGCAAUUGCACAGACAGAAGUUGGUUUGGGUCUUCCAGCUGGCGCUAUAGCUGCUCUGACUCCUCCUGUGCUUGUUGACGAUGGUCCCAAGUGGGCAAUUUUCCAAUUGAAGGAUGCGCAAGCAGUGUUGGACGUACAAAUAGACUUCACAAAGAUCGGUGUAGUCAGCGAAGCCAAUGGAUGGUCCGGGCUUGGACUCUUUGGUAAGCACGAAGACGGAACUUACGAAAUGAGGAACUUAAUUCCUGCUGAAGGCUCAACUGAAGAUCCAGCAUGCGGUAGUGGUGCUGGAGCCGUAGGAGCUUACGUAGGAGCUUUCCUUAAAGAGGAAGUUAAGAGUCUUAAUAUCAAGCAAGGUAUCAAAGUCAAUAGAGAUGCUAAACUAAAGGUCACUCUAGUUACCAACGCCGAGGGCAAACUCGAUGUCAUUGUGGGAGGCAACGUUGUGUCCGUUUUCAACGGUACCUAUUAA